GCGUCCAGCCAAUCGGCGCGGGGCGUCCAUAGCCAAGGCAACAGGUUGCUUCUGCCUUCCGUACUGAGCACCUUUCGCAGGACUUGGGGUUACUGAAUUUCUGGUACCCCGAUACCCCCACGUGAGCAAGCCCACACCAACACACAUUCACACACACCCUUCAGCACCGCGAACAUGGACGAUGACUAUGAAGCGUACCACAGUCUGUUCUUGUCGCUGCUCGGACUCUGCCCGUCUAAGACUUCCUUCAGUGAAAAUGCCAACAAUGUCUCCGUCUUUGAUCCUGAACUGGUCAUUGGCCACUGCUUCAAGCAGUUCAAACAGAAGGACCUCCGCCUGCCGCAGAGCCGCCGGCGAAUCAUCAUCGUGCCUCGCAAGGAGGAUCAGAUACCCAUUAAUCCUACACCCCAACCUCAGGCUCCUCCAAAGCCCAUCCCCAGCUUCAAAGCCCUGGAAGCUAGAGAUAUCCAAGAGCAGCCAGAGGACAGGAAGACCUGGCUGAGCCGGAGGGAGAAGCUGCGGCAGGAGCUAGAGUCCUUUGGUGAUGUAAAGAGAUGGCUGGAGAACAAGCCUAGCAUCACGCCUUUGGAGGCCAAGGUCUUACACAUGAUCCCCAAGGAGCAGAGUGGAUCCCUGCCAGACGCCUCCCUGGCAACUACCAGGACCACCAGGAAGAAAGCCCCCUGGCUCUCCCACCAGAUGGUGCCCCAGCUCCAGCUGCCCAAGCCCCCUGCCCUGUUGGCCAUGUACUCCUACCUGCACAAUCGCAAGAUCAAGAUCCUGGAGAUAUUUCACAAGGUGGGCCAGGGCAAGAACCAGAGAAUCACCAGGGAGGAGUUCAUCGUGGCUGUCAAGGCCGUCGGAGUCCCUCUGAAGAACCAGGAAGUGGAGGAUAUAGUGAUCUAUCUCAGCUCUCUUGGGAAGCACAACACCAUCACCAUGGAUAUCCUGGCCAAAACCUAUAAGCAGUGGUCUAUGGCUCGGCGAAGGAGCAGCCUGGCCACUGCAAGGGAGCGUCAUAUCUUGGCCAAGCACAAAGAUUCCCUGAAGGGUCCGCUCAAGAAGCAGGAGGUGGAUUCAGCCCCACAGCUUCCCAAGGUGGACCUGCUGACGGUGCCUGCAGCCAACACGCAGAUGGAGGCGCGGCCCAUGACCCUGGAGGAGAUGGAGGAACUGGGCAAGCGGUACCGGGAGCGGCAGCGACAGCAUAAGCUCACGAUCCCCUCCAUCCAGUACACGGAGCAGUGCCGCAUGGUGCGCUGUGGGAAUCAGCACUUUGACGAGCACUGCCUCCCAUCCACCAUCCACGGGGAUAUGAGGGAGCUCAUUGACUCAGCCCGCAGGCACACCUUUCUGGUCUACCUGCAGUGCUGGAAGCUCUGUGAGUCCUGUGGCAUCCCGCUGACGGAGGACAUCCUCAUGAAAGCCUUGCUGUACCCAGGAGACAAGAUCAUUUUCCAGAAGGAUGAGGUGCGCCCCAUCCGGCAGCCAGGAGGCUACUACUCUGACUGGAAGGUCUUUUCUCCAAAUGUGGCUCUGCUCCAGUCCCAGGGCGCUGGCGAGUCUAAGACUGACAAGAAAAUGCCAAAGAAAAUCAAGAAAAUGCAGUUUAAGGAGUUUGAGGAAUUUACCAGGAAGCUGAAGGCGAAGAGGGCCAGUGGUCUGCAGCAAACGCACCCCAACUCCUUCUGGCCAGGCCACCUUCUGGAUAAGCUGCGGCUCUACCUGCCCACUGUGGCCACAGACCGCAGCCUGGCGCUCUUCAGCUGUGUUCAGCACCAGCCCCAUGUCUACCCAGCCACCUACCACCCUGACCACUGGUGGCCCCUUAGGAAUAAGAACUACAUGACCCGCGCCUAUUUUGAUGGCGCCAAGGUGUACUACAUCAACUAGAAUGGGCCAGAUGUUGCUGGACCUGGCCUUCUUGGGCCAGGGGCCAGUGCAGCCAGUGGCCCAGAGCCCAGACACAGGAGGAGUGUCAAAGAGCCAGCCUAAAGAAAUCCUUUCAGUGGGAUGCCACGGGCCAGUGUCUCAGAGGGUAGAUGUGUCCAAGGAAGGACAUGCAGUUUUUGACUAUUUCCCUCCCCUGACCUUUCCCCUUUCUAAAUAAAGUAGGUUGGAGCUUUCCUCAUGUCA